AGAGAAAUGCACGCAUGCGUCAACGACGACGGAGACUCUCUCUUCUGAUUUGACAAGCCCCCGGAAUCUACCACACUAUAGCCCACUAUGUUGCAAGGCUCUCCGUUACUAGCGCAGCAUCAUCUGCACCUGCCUACACUGUUGUUGUAAGCCGGAGAGCGCUGGGAGGGGUCAUUAUUUCGCAAAGGGGGGAGAAAAAAAAAAGGGAGGAAGCUAUAGGAAAAGGAAAAGGAGGAGGAGGCAAUUUCCUGAGACACCCGACAGAAAGCGUGUAAAGCUCUCCCCUCUCUCUCUCUCAGCUUUCAGCACCACAGGAUUGAGGAAAGCUGAGUCGCUUGGGUUUUUCUUUUUAAAAAAUUGAACAAGGAGGACGCCGUUUUGAUUUUUUUUUAAAGAGGGGGAAUACUCCGCGAGACUGUAACACAGUUUGUGGACCUGCACGAGGUGUCAUCUCCCAACGGUUAAAGGUACAGGCAGAACCACCUCAGUGAUUCUUCUGAAUUUAUCCAGCUGAUGUGGAUCAUUUCAUCACCUUCAUAGACGGCUACGUCUCACUCCAAGAACUCGUGUUAUUCAUGCAGUCUAGGAUGUCUUGAACUGUGAGCAUCAAAGGCAGUCCUUUUUUUUGAAGUCGGAGCUGCGUGUGUUCAAGUCACUUUUAAUCUGGUAGUCAGGAAACCAUGACGACCGCCACCUCCCCCAUCCUGUUGAAAUGGGACCCCAAGAGUCUUGAAAUCCGCACCCUGACUGUGGAGAGGCUUUUGGAGCCACUGGUCACACAGGUGACUACCCUGGUGAACACCAGCAACAAAGGGCCAUCGAGUAAGAAGAAGGGGCGCUCCAAGAAGGCCCAUGUUCUGGCGGUGUCCGUCGAGCAGGCCACCCAGAACUUUCUGGAAAAGGGCGAGCAGAUCGCCAAAGACAGCCAGGACCUAAAGGAGGAGCUCAUUGCUGCGGUGGAGGAUGUUCGUAAGCAAGGAGAGACGAUGCGCAUUGCCUCCUCGGAGUUCGCCGAUGACCCGUGCUCCUCCGUGAAACGUGGCACCAUGGUGAGGGCCGCCCGCGCCCUGCUCUCUGCUGUCACCCGCCUGCUCAUCCUCGCCGACAUGGCUGACGUCAUGAGGCUGCUGUCCCACCUUAAAAUCGUGGAGGAGGCCCUGGAGGGGGUAAAGAAUGCGACCAAUGAGCAGGACCUGGCCAACCGUUUCAAGGAGUUUGGGAAAGAAAUGGUGAAGCUUAACUAUGUGGCAGCCCGGAGACAGCAGGAACUGAAAGACCCCCAGUGUCGAGAUGAGAUGGCAGCUGCUCGUGGGGCCCUUAAGAAAAAUGCCACCAUGCUGUACACGGCCUCACAGGCCUUCCUGCGCCACCCCGAUGUGGCGGCCACGCGUGCCAACCGAGACUACGUGUUCAAGCAGGUCCAGGAGGCCAUAGGAGGGAUUUCCAGCGCCGCUCAGGCCACCUCUCCCACUGAUGAGAAGCAUGGCCAUGCCGGCAUUGGGGAACUGGCUGCUGCCCUCAAUGAAUUUGAUAACAAGAUCAUCCUGGAUCCUCUGACAUUCAGCGAGGCUCGUUUCCGGCCCUCUCUGGAGGAGCGCCUGGAGAGCAUCAUCAGUGGCGCCGCACUAAUGGCCGAUUCUUCGUGCACACGCGACGACCGCCGCGAACGCAUCGUGGCUGAAUGCAACGCCGUUCGACAGGCCCUUCAAGACUUGUUGAGCGAGUACAUGAACAAUACUGGCAGGAAAGAGAAAGGUGACCCAUUGAACUCAGCCAUUGACAAGAUGACCAAAAAGACCAGGGACCUGCGCAGACAGUUGAGAAAGGCAGUGAUGGACCACAUCUCAGACUCUUUCCUGGAGACCAACGUGCCUCUGUUGGUGCUUAUUGAAGCGGCUAAGAGUGGAAAUGAGAAGGAGGUCAAGGAGUACGCCCAGGUGUUCCGUGAACAUGCUAACAAGCUGGUGGAGGUGGCCAACCUGGCUUGCUCCAUCUCCAACAACGAAGAGGGUGUGAAGUUGGUUCGAAUGGCUGCCACCCAAAUUGACAGCUUAUGUCCACAGGUUAUCAACGCUGCUCUCACUCUGGCUGCCCGCCCCCAAAGCAAGGUGGCCCAGGACAACAUGGACGUUUUCAAGGAUCAGUGGGAGAAGCAGGUGCGCAUCCUGACCGAGGCCGUGGAUGACAUCACCUCCGUGGAUGACUUCCUGUCCGUUUCAGAGAACCACAUCCUCGAGGACGUCAACAAAUGCGUAAUUGCUCUGCAAGAGGGCGACGUGGACACUCUGGACCGAACUGCCGGAGCUAUCAGGGGCCGCGCUGCUCGAGUGGUCCACAUCAUUAACGCCGAGAUGGAAAACUACGAACCUGGGGUCUACACUGAGCGUGUGCUGGAGUCCAUCAAGCUCCUGUCUGAGACCGUCAUGCCCCGUUUUGCUGAACAAGUGGAGGUAGCUAUCGAGGCACUGAGUACAAACCCGCCACAGGCCUUUGAGGAGAAUGAGUUCAUCGACGCGUCCCGUUUGGUCUACGAUGGCGUCCGUGACAUCAGGAAAGCUGUCCUCAUGAUAAGGACACCAGAGGAGCUGGAAGACGACUCUGACUUUGAGCAGGAGGACUAUGAUACUCGCAGUAGGACCAGUGUCCAGACUGAAGAUGACCAGCUUAUUGCUGGACAGAGUGCCCGGGCUAUCAUGGCGCAGCUUCCCCAGGAGGAGAAAGCCAAGAUUGCUGAGCAGGUGGAGAGCUUCAGACAGGAGAAGUGCAAGCUCGAUGCAGAAGUGGCAAAGUGGGAUGACAACGGCAACGACAUUAUUGUGCUGGCCAAGCAGAUGUGUAUGAUCAUGAUGGAGAUGACGGACUUCACCAGAGGCAAAGGCCCCUUGAAGAACUCCUCAGAUGUGAUCAACGCGGCUAAGAAGAUUGCAGAGGCUGGUUCCAGGAUGGACAAAUUGGCCCGUGCCGUCGCAGAUCAGUGCCCUGAUUCGGCGUGCAAGCAGGAUCUGCUGGCCUAUCUGCAGAGAAUUGCCCUGUACUGUCAUCAGCUCAACAUUUGCAGCAAGGUGAAAGCCGAGGUUCAGAAUCUGGGCGGAGAGCUCAUCGUGUCUGGGCUGGAUAGCGCCACCUCCUUGAUCCAAGCAGCCAAGAACCUAAUGAACGCAGUGGUGCUGACUGUAAAGGCAUCUUACGUAGCCUCCACCAAGUACCAGAAGGUGUACGGAACGGCGGCUGUUAACUCACCCGUGGUGUCUUGGCGCAUGAAGGCUCCCGAGAAGAAGCCUCUGGUAAAAAGGGAGAAGCCGGAGGAGUGCCAGACACGUGUGCGACGAGGCUCCCAGAAGAAACACAUUUCCCCUGUCCAGGCCCUCAGCGAAUUCAAGGCCAUGGACUCCUUCUAAGAAAAAAAAGAUAGAGAGAGAGAGAGAGAAAAAAAAAAGUCACACUUACCCAAGUAAAAACAACAAAACAAGAUGGUGACAAGUUGAAGAAAAAGUCCCUUUUUACAUUGUGUUACCCCACCUCUGUUUGCCCCGUGUGUGCUUGGUGACACCUCAGGAGGACUACAGUACAUAUUAAACUGCCACACUAUGGGCUCCUGUGAACACUGUGGGCCUCGUGGCACCACAGGCAAGCCGGCGCGCACCCAACACUAUUUAUCGAUCUUAUUGUAGCUUAAUGUGUGAGAGCCAAAAUGUGACACGAACACGAGUACUUUUGAAAAUAUGGGAGUUAAAUGAAAAAAAAAAAAAAAA